AUGAAGAUCUUGGUAGCUGGAAAUGUCGAUGAAGUCGUUGACCCAGUGGCUGAGAACAAGUUGGUUCGCAAGAUUGACAUGUACAUCAUGCCCUUCCUCUGCAUUACCUAUCUCAUCACGUAUAUUGACAAGGCGACUCUCGGCUAUGCUGCUGUCUUUGACUUGCCGAAGGAUCUUCAUUUACAUGGAACGCAAUACAGCUGGCUUAGCAGCAUCUUCUACUUCGGGUUCUUGAUAUUCGAGUAUCCGACAAAUUUCUUCAUGCAGAAAUUAUCCGUCUCUAAAUGGCUCGCCGUCAACAUAUUCUUAUGGGGUGGCAUCACCAUGGCUCAAGGUGGUGUCAACCACUUCGAGCCUUUUAUGGCUUUGCGCUUCAUCAUGGGAAUGCUAGAGUCAUGUGCCACGCCAGCAACCAUACUUCUCAUAGGAAUGUGGUACAAGAUUGAAGAACAGCCGAUCCGCAUUGGCAUAUGGGCAAUGUUCCUCGGCAUAUCGAACGCAUUCGGUGGUCUCCUGGCUUUUGGAAUUGGGCAUAUCCAAGGUUCAUUUGCCAGUUGGCGAUAUCAAUUCAUCAUCGUAGGAGCCGUUUCUUCGGUGUGGGCCAUAGUUGUAUUUUUCGGACUGGCCGAAAAUGCCGCCAGCGCACGAUGGCUUUCCCCGGAGCAGCGAAUACUCGCUGUUCAAAGACUACGCGUGAAUAACACCGGUAUCAAAAACAAGGAGAUCAAGCGGUACCAAAUCGUCGAGGCGCUGCUUGAUCCGAAAACAUGGUUCUUCUUCUUCUUUGGUGUUUCAACUCAGGUUGUCAACGGGGCAGCCAGCAAUUUCGGAUCACUCAUCAUCAAAGGCUUUGGCUUCACCACGCUGAAGACUACACUACUUCAGAUUCCCUAUGGAUUCCUCAUCCUAGUGGCGAAUAUCUCCGCAAUGUACAUUCAGCGAUGGCUUCCCGGACAACGCAGGUGCAUUGUGGCAAUUGUGUACGUCCUUGUGUCUCUGGUAGGUAUUAUUGGAGUCUAUACCAUCCCAAGACAUAACCACUGGGCACUAUUGGUCUGCUAUUGGCUAACCGGCACCUACACCGUGUCAUACUCGAUGGCCUUGUCACUCAUCACCGCCAAUAUCGGUGGUUACACAAAGCGAUCAACAGUCACCGCUAUAUUCUUCAUCUCGUAUUGCACCGGUAACAUCGUCGGGCCAUUCGCUUUCAAACCCUCCGAAGCGCCCAAAUACCAAUCCGGAAUUAUUGCAAUCCUCGUUGCGUAUUGCGUAGAGAUAGCGUUGUUUGCCUUGUUUGCGGUCUACGUGGCCAUGAUGAACAGGAAAAAGCAAAGUAUAUUUGAGGAACUGGGCCCUGAUGCGGACAAUGAACAAGCGCGGACAAUUGCGUCUUUCAACGAUCUUACGGACAAGGAAAAUGUCUUCUUCAGAUACACAUACUAG